CCCUGCCCCGCCCCGCGCCCGCGGCGAGACGAGAGCUGAGGCUCGGAGGGCGCCAGGAGCUGCGGCGUGUCUGUGGAGGCGGCGGCGGGCACCAUGGACAACGCGGGCAAGGAGCGUGAGGCCGUGCAGCUGAUGGCGGAGGCCGAGAAGCGAGUCAAGGCCUCGCACUCGUUCCUUCGAGGGUUGUUCGGUGGAAAUACAAGAAUAGAAGAGGCUUGUGAAAUGUAUACCAGAGCUGCAAAUAUGUUCAAGAUGGCUAAAAAUUGGAGUGCUGCAGGAAAUGCAUUUUGUCAGGCAGCCAAGCUCCAUAUGCAGCUUCAAAGCAAGCAUGACUCUGCUACCAGCUUUGUGGAUGCUGGAAAUGCCUACAAAAAGGCAGACCCCCAAGAGGCUAUCAACUGCUUAAAUGCAGCCAUCGACAUUUACACAGACAUGGGACGCUUUACAAUUGCAGCCAAGCACCACAUUACCAUUGCUGAGAUCUAUGAGACUGAGCUUGUGGACAUUGAGAAGGCCAUCGCCCAUUAUGAACAGUCAGCUGAUUAUUAUAAAGGAGAAGAAUCCAACAGUUCAGCUAACAAGUGUCUGCUGAAGGUGGCCGCAUAUGCUGCUCAACUUGAACAGUACCAGAAAGCCAUCGAGAUCUAUGAGCAGGUUGGGGCAAACACGAUGGAUAAUCCUUUGUUGAAGUACAGUGCAAAGGAUUACUUCUUUAAAGCAGCCCUCUGUCAUUUUAUAGUAGAUGAGUUGAACGCCAAGCUUGCUCUUGAGAAAUAUGAGGAAAUGUUUCCAGCAUUUACUGAUUCACGAGAAUGUAAAUUAUUGAAAAAACUUCUAGAGGCUCAUGAAGAACAGAAUAGUGAAGCUUACACUGAAGCAGUGAAGGAAUUUGACUCCAUAUCUCGUCUGGAUCAGUGGCUCACUACCAUGUUGCUCCGCAUCAAAAAGUCCAUUCAGGGGGAUGGAGAAGGAGAUGGAGACCUAAAGUGAAACUUUUUCUGUCUUUGUGGCAUGCGGUUAACUCCUCUUUAGUUUCAUCUCAGGGCCAACUGAUCUCCUGGGAUACUCUUUAAUGGCUUUAUUUUGUUGCACAUGAGCCAAAUGAUGUGUAUUAUUUAAGCUGUGUUUGUGUCACUGUGAAGCAGACAGAUAGGAAGCUCUCACUUGUAUAUAGUGGGUAGAUGGGCUACUUUAGUCUUAUCAGGCACCUCAGGGCUUUCUGAGCCUAUACUGUUGUCAGAUCCGAUCUUAUAAGGUCUUCUUAUUUCUGUUAUUUUAGUAUUUUCAGAGCCCAUGUUUAAUUUUAUCAUGUAAUUUUAAGUUGCAACCCAGUUCUACUAGAUGCUUUGCCUAUUCUCUAUAAACUGGCAUCUGAUUGUAGUCUCUAAAUAUAUGUCAUUUACGAUGGUUGUUAGGAAUGAAUUUAUGAUAUUUCUCAUUAGAGUAGUUUUUUGUUUGUUACCUUGUGAUUCUUUAGAUUAUGCUAGUGACCAUCAAAAUGCUUUUAUCUAUUGCUUUGUGUGCUAACUAAUGUGCAUGCAAAAAUUCAGGACUGGAUCUGAUUCUGCUAAGAAUCACUUACAUUGUGAGAAAAUGGAGCUUCCUGGCAAUGCUUGCUUAUAUGUGUGGAUGAAUGAAGGUCAGUUUGACUAAUUUAUGCUUAUCCAAACAAUCUAUAAGAAAGAGAAUUUUUACAUACACAAUCUUUUUUUGUUGUGGUGGUUGUAUUUUUUUUUUCUUUUUGGGUCACACCCAGCAAUGCACAGGGAUUACUCCUAGCUAUGCACUCAGGCAGUGCUCAGGGGACCAUAUGGGAUGCUGGGAAUCAAACCUGGGUCAGCCGCGUGCAAGGCAAACGCCCUACCUGCUGUGCUAUCACUCCAGCCCCCAAUCUCUUUUUUUUUUUUUUUUUUUUUUUUAGUCAUACCCAGCGAUGUUCAGGGGUUACUUCCUGGCUCUGCAUUCAGGAUUGAACCCGGGUCUGCCAUGUGCAAGGCAAAAGCCCAAUCCCCUGUACUAUUGCUUUGGCCCCCAUACACAAUCCUUAAGAGACUGAAUUUUCCCUUUUUCUCAAAGUGGAGAUAGUUUCCACUUUUGUGAUGAGAUUUCCUUUCUUUAUGUUAACAUAAAGGUAUUUUAACUGGGACAUCCUUUGUUCUCCUGUUUAUAUUGUUUCCUACUUUAAGAUGGUUUCUCUGAGCCACAGACUUGUAACUCUUGUCACAGCCAGAAUAUUAUCUAAAUCAACACUUGAGAAUAUCAUUCAUUUAUCCAUUUAUCGAAUGUGAUGGACUAGGGGAAAUAAUUUUCUGCUUAGCUGGUAGAAUUGUAUAAUGUGUGUUUAUGUAACAUGUGUUUAUAUAAUACAUGCUCUCAUACUUAUGAUCUUGAUUCCUACCCCUUAUGAUAUACACUGACAUUUUUCUUUAGACAUAGGACUGAGCCCUGUUGCCCAAAUAUAUUCUCUGCAUUUUUUUAAGUUUCAGUAAUUUGUGUUUGAUGUUAACUUGCUACCUACCAAACAUAUAUAACCUUCCCCCCACCCCCCCCAAAUUGAGACAGUGGUCAUCCAUGACAGCUAGUGAAAUUUCCCAUCUUAUAUCAAAUAGUAACAAAAAUCUGAAUGGUGUUUUAAUUUUUGGAUGUUUUUCAACUUGGAUUUGUAGAACUUUGUUGAACAAAAGUAGAAUUGGUGAGACUGUGUGGGAUAGAUGGCACAGAAGAUUUAAUGAGUCAAUCAGGGAUAAAGGAAUAACAGGGAAGGAUACAAAGAUGGGCUAGGUGAGGCCCUGUCACGAAGAGAAUGUCAUGGAUGGCUGUGAUUAAGAUGUGAAGUAUGUGGAGUCAUCAGUGAUGUCGCUGUCACUUAGAGGUACACAAGAUGGACCAUAAAUUAUGUGCACUCUGGCAUUUGGCUCUGAAAUCUCUUGAGGAUGACUUCCUUCCUUAAAAGGACUGGGAUUGGCUGAUACAUACACUUAAUUUGUAAUAGGUCAUUUAUUAGAAUCUCUUACGAAAAAUAAGCAGAGAAAAAAAGUGGGGCCUUGCUACUUUAACACGUUUGUUCCCCAGGCAUCUUGGUGUCUCUGUCAUGCAAAGUGAGGCCUGGCUUCUUUCACGGCCUCUGUUUCUGCAGCAAGUCUGUCCAAAUGGAAAGCAUGGAAAGUUAAGACCAGAUGUCUCAAGACAUUUAUUUCUGUUUAGCUUUUAUCAUGAUCUACUAAGAAGAUACUAUCGUGAUUACGGCUUUUAAAAAGUAGCACAGGAAACAUUUGAUUGUUGCUUGUUUAUAUGGAAAUUAACACUUGUAUUAGUUUCUAAUUUAAAUAUUCAUUUUGGGGGUUUUAAUACUUCACAUGGAAAGAAUAAAAAUAAUUGCAUGGACUAAAAUAAAGCUGACAGAAAAUAAAUAGAAGAUUAUAGGGGGGAAGUCCCAUUAAUAGCCAAAUUUUCUUCCUUCAAAUGCCCUGUCAUAUAAGAUAGUAAAGCUGUGAUCCAGAUUUCUGAGUUAGGUUUUCCAGAUUUAGAGGGAGUGAUUUAUGAACUAAAGAAGCUUUGAUUUAUGUCACAUUUCUUGUAGUUUAGCUCAUCUGGGGUUCACACAGAGUCAGUUAAGAUUUCUUAUGGGAAAGCUUUGCUUUUCUGUGGCACAUUUUUAUAGCUUGUGAGUUCCUUUUUUAUUUAGUAAUUUGAAAACAGUAUUUUUGCACUUGUGGUGUGAUGUGUGAUGGUGUCACUGUAACCAAACUGUGUGCAUUUAUUGUUUCCUCUUAUACUGUAUAUUUAAAAUGUCCAAAUGCAAACUUUUGUGGCUUUCUUUGAAGGACUUGGCAACACGCAUGCCCCCUGUGACCCACCUGCCUGAGGUACGAUCCCUGAUCAGGAACAGAUUUCUUCAUGUGAGGUUCAGGUUAGAGACUGCAGUGUUCUCCCUUAUAUCCAUGGGCAGACAAUUCUAAUAGGAAAAUUAAAUGACAGUAAAUAUUUCUUAGAGUAUGUAUGUUUUAUGUGAAACUGUACAGCAAAUAAAGUGGAAAUUAUGA